AUGCAUUCAAGGGUCCCAAACAAUACCCCCGAGAAAGCAAUACUAAAUCCAAAUCUCACAGAUUCAGGCCCCGCAACACCGGUUGACAAAGUGGCUGAACCUGAUCCAUCUACCCCUGACAAAAAGAGACGUCGGUUAGAUCUUAAAAAGGGAGAGGGAUCUACUGGUUCUCCUGGUAUUGAGUCUUCCUCUUCCCCACCGGUGAACGCCACCCCUUCUACUUCUAAAUUCAUCACUCCUCCUGAGAAGAUAAUUCCCCCGCAAGAAGUCACUCCUGGUGCUCCUAAAUCUGUGGCUAGGCCACGAGAAAAACCACGCGAUGUUGGUGGCGCGUCGAUGGAAUUGGAUCAUGGGUCAGAUAGUGAUGAUAAGAGUUUGGAUGCAGAGACGGUGGGAAGAGUUGAACAUGGCGCUCUGAGGACAUUUGAGGAAGCGGAUAAGGACGAGGAGAAGUUUUACUGGGAUAGGAAAAGGAAUGAUAGUAGGGAGACAGCAGGCAGAAAGGAAGAGGGGGAGUGA